AUGACCGUGGGGAAGCGGAUUGCACCAGGCGAAAGGGGAUUCGCUUCAGGUCUGACGGACCGUGAAUUUGUGGAGAUGGAGGUGCCGUUCAACGGAGGCCCCCAUUCACAUGCUCAUCGUGGAUCCAUGUCACCCCAUGGAAGUCCAUCUCCCCUUGGCUCCACCGAGGAGUUGACUCCACUCUGCUCUUGCUGCACUCGCUAUUGCCCUUGCCCCUGGCUUGUGUCUCGCAGGCCUAUCAAGGGGAAGGAGAAAUCAGAUGCCAGCGGAGUGGAAGAGUUAAACGAGGUCAAAGUUCGCCUGACCUCUGGAGACAAGAUCGAACCGAGUGAGAUCGGGACAGAAUCCACGGGGAACCCGAACGUCAUGAGGAUAUCCACUCUAUGAGAGGAACAUUAAAAGACGACACUCACUCGCUCUUUUUCUCUCAGACUCGAAAAAGGAAUGAGAGACUGACUGCUUCAAGCGCAUUGAGCUCAAACGACGUAUUCCCCUCUUCUCUCUCUCUCUCUCUCUAUCUCUGUCCAAGGUGCCAAAGUUUGGUGACACCUCUGUGUUUGUCCCUCGAUGAACCCGUUGCUUCGGCAAAAACUCAGCAAAAAUCAUCUCAAACAUCAUCAAGAAUCGUCCGACCAGCACGACAGUGUUCUUCCAUCUGAGAAUAUCUUCCAAUGUUAUCAGUCACAUAUCAGGCGGCACGAGAAAUAGAAAAAGAAGAGGUGUUGCAUAUAUCUGAGAACAUCAAACCCGAUGGUAUUUUUUGUGAUUAUUUAUUUAUUUUGGAGAGGAUCCAUUUUUUUCAUUCAUUCAUUCCUUCCCAGAAUCAUACCACCCUCGAUUGUCAAGUCGUAUGCAUUUUUCCUUGUUGAAGCUGUCUUUGCUUUUCACACGUCUGCAGAAACGGAUAAAGAGUCGUGUUCCAUUUUGUGAUAGCGAACUCUCCAAAAUUGUGAUAAGAAAGUGUAACGAACAUUAUUCGACCGACUCCUCCGUGCAAGCAUGCAAUGGCUCUGACCUCGAUUUCAAAUGACUCCGACUCUUCCAUCCGAAGCUCGUGGAAAACGCCCUAAAAGUGAACCGACCUUUUCAUGGGAAUGCUUAAGAAAUUUCAAUUAACUCGCGAGUCUCAUGGUGACGCCGGAAGUAAUCCCUUUCGUACGUCAUGCCAUGAAAGAAGCCCCUUGAAGUCCAUUGAAAGCGAGUUUAGAGCCAGGAUUCCAAGAAAUGCUGUUAGGUACAAUAAGAUUAUUCUAUUCUCCACAUCUGGUGCUACCUUUACCCCAGUUCACCUCCGCCCUACGCGCUCUUCCCUUCAAGGUCAUCAUUCCCUUUCGGUUUGUCUCAGAGCAGCUCCAGUUUCUCUCCCUCUCUCUCGCUCUCUCACUCUCUCCAUCAAUGACGAUCGUAUGAUUGAGAUUGUUAUUCCAACAUUGUGAUAUGAUAUCUUUUCCUCCUCUCCCCCUCCCUCCUGUUCUAUUACAGAGGUGUUUCAUUCCAAAUGCAAAGAGAUGUUAUGCUUCUUUCUCUUUGCAAUGCCCUUUCGCGUUGAACCUUUUGACCCUUUCCAGUCUGUGUCUCUCUCCACCCCGUUACUUCUCAUAACUCCAUUAUCCAUACGAUACUC